GCACAACGCUGCAUCUGUAGGAUGUACAAAGACUACAGAUCAAGUCGAGUCACAGGACUCAACACUCUGCCCUUUGAUCCAUCAACCAACAACGACCCUCUUCAUUUCAACAGUUCCAGUGGUCCACUGGUGACCGAGUGCGCUCCCUUGGAAAACACUGCUGACAAUAGCAAGAAGAGGAAAAGAGCCAGUCUCCCUCCAGAAGGCAUUUGUAACAUGACAAUGGACUCCAACUCAAUAACAAUGCCGAUGUCAGACCCCAAUGCCUGGGCAGCCAUGAAUAACUUAAGAAUGCCUCCCAUGGGAAUGACCGGACAGCCACUUAUACCAGAUUUUGACCCUAGCCUUGGCAUGAUGGCUGGAAUUACGCCCAUGAACCCCAUGAUACCCGGCCUCAGUUUGGUGCCUGCACCCGUGUCCCAGGACUUACCGGUUAUAAAGGAGAUCAUCCAUUGCAAGAGCUGCACCCUGUUCCCCCCCAAUCCCAACCUUCCUCCUCCAGCCACAAGAGAACGCCCCCCAGGAUGUAAGACGGUGUUUGUUGGUGGUCUACCAGAAAACUCCACCGAGCAGCUCAUCAUGGAGGUCUUUGGACAGUGUGGUGAUAUCACAGCUAUACGCAAAAGCAAGAAAAACUUCUGCCAUAUCCGAUUUGCCGAAGAGCCCACAGUGGAUAAGGCUCUCUUCCUGUCUGGAUAUCGGAUCCGUUUGGGCUCCAGCACAGACAAAAAGGACACCGGUCGACUCCACGUGGACUUUGCCCAGGCCAGAGAUGAUCUGUAUGAGUGGGAGUGUCACCAGCGCAUGUUGGCCAGAGAGGAACGACACAGGCGCAAGAUGGAGGAGGAUCGCCUCCGGCCGCCAUCCCCUCCGCCGAUUGUCCACUAUUCUGAGCACGAGUGCGGCCAGCUGGGAGACAAGAUCAAAGACGAUGGCAAGUUUCCAGAAGCAGUGCACGUGCUCCUGACCUGGCUGGAACGAGGUGAAGUUAACCGCAGGAGCGCCAAUAACUUCUACUCCAUGAUCCAGUCGUCGAACAGCCACAUUCGCCGGCUGAUGAGCGAGAAGAGUCAGCACGAGAAGGAGAUGGAAGAGGCCAAAGACAAGUUCAAGACGGCUCUGUCUGGCAUAGUGGCUCAAUUUGAACAGAUUGUGUCUGUUUUCCAAGCCGCUUCCAAACAAAAGGCAUGGGACCAUUUCUCCAAAGCUCAGCGCAAGAACCUGGACAUGUGGCGCAAACAAGCAGAGGAGAUCAGAAAUAUGCACAACGAGCAGUUGAUGGGCAUCAGACGAGAGGAAGAGAUGGAGAUGUCGGAUGAUGAUAUGGAGGACGUCCCUGACAGCAAAGACUCUGAAGACUCGGGUGUUUCUCAAGCAGAAGCCUUAAAGGAGGAGAACGAUUCCCUGCGCUGUCAGCUGGACGCCUAUAGGAAUGAGGUGGAGCUGCUCAAACAGGAGCAAGGAAAGAACCAACCGGUCAGAAGUGAGGAGGACAACACUCACUCACAGCAGCUCAGCUUCCUGCAGCAGGCUCUGCAAGGCAUGCAGAAGCAACUAUUACAGAUGAGGGAAGAACUGAAGCAGCGAGAAGCUGAGCUGGAAAAGAGCUUGGAGGACAAGCAGCAGCUGAGGUCACAAGUCCAGAACCUGAAGGAAGGUUUCCAGAAACUGCAAAGCUCGCAUGUAAUGCAGCUGGAGAUGCCAAAGCCAGAUGACGGAGUCAUCAAGGAGAAUCCCAAUCAAACUGGCGAAAGCCUGCUGUCGACAGUGGUGUCCUGCAGUCAGGAAAGAAAAGGUCCCACAGAGAAGACGCCACCAAGUCCCGUUCACUCCGAGAGGGAAGCUGUGCUGGUCGGGAUCAUUUCAACCUUCCUGCACGUCCAUCCUUUCGGAGCCAGCAUCGAGUACAUCUGUUCCUACCUGCAGCGUUUGGACGCCAAGAUCAACCCCGGCGAGGUGGAGGCUCUGCUCUCUCGGCUGCCCUGCACCUUCAGACAGGAGCUGACUGGUGUCGGAGCCAGUUUGGAGAAACGCUGGAACUUCUGCGGCUUCCAGGGCAUCAAGAGCACUUAGUUUCUGUUCGCUGACACUUCUGGGACGUGGAAGAGACGACAGGCAGCAGAGACACCGUAGACGUGAAAGAUACAGUAAAAAAAACAAACAUGAAAGCUCACAGCUAUCAAAGAGUCGGGACUGUACCUGACUGUACAAGGAUGCAGAGGACUGAUCUCAGAUCAAGAGGGAAUGUUAUACGAGAGCUUCGGGGACUGUGUGUAGGCGGCAGGAACUUAACAGCCCAUCGCCAUGGUUACAAGGACGUUGAUAUUGAGCAAUGAUGGAGACCUCAGGAGCUUGAUCUUGGAGUUUCUCUGUACCUGCAAAAUAUUUUUAGACACGAUGACUC